GGCGUGCCUGCGAGAGGGGGGGAAGCGAAAUGGACACGCUGACAGAGAGCUGACAGAGAGAAAGAUAGAUUGAGGGGAAAUUGUGUCUUAGAGCUCGUCCCGAAAGAGGAUGCGAAAAAGUAGACGACCGGUCUCUCACCGACUGAUGCUUUUAGUGUCCAGUCGAUCGAUGCUGCUCACAGAUUGAGAAAUGACCUUCGCGACGGAUGGAACUAGAGGCCUGUCUAGUGUGGUCUGGGGAAUCGAUGGCUCCCUCUCCACGACUGGUGCAUCUCCAACGCCACGGCUCCCCCCAAAGUCGAUCCAUACCAUGUUCCGUGUCCAUCUGUUUGGACCUGGGCUGUGCUGGAAGGGGCAGACGUUGGCGAAAGGACAGGGGACAGGGGACCACCGGGGGGGCAGGAAGAAAGUACUUCUGCGGCCAGACGGUCAGCGUUUCUCCUCUGACGAUAACAAUGAUGAUCACAAUGGAUGCCAUCCUCAUCAAGUCCCUAAACAAAUAAUCUACAACGUAUAUGCAUUCUGUCGAAUUCUGUCGAGCGCAUCGGCGGUUGGCUUCCACGAUCAUUCUGUAGACCUUCUACGCUUGAGAUCAAUGGUUUUUUUCAGAGGGUUAGAUCCUGGAGAGACUUCGCCGGGAGUGGAGAGACAGCGACACUUUGCAGAUGGUUGGGUGCUGCUCUCUGCUCAGUGGGAACCAUCAUCCAUGGUGUAGCACCGUUUGCUUUAGUGCGUCUAGAGCGGGGCGGCCCAGGGAUCUGGAGGGCGGUGCUGGCACGUAUAAUGGGGUCAAGCUGACGAGAGCUAGCGACGUCAGAGACAACCAACACCGUAAAGAUAACCCGUCAGGUGUGGAUGUACUCUAUACUGUGUACUAAGUCAAUAGUUCAAGUCAAGACCUUGGAAGGGAGAUUGCACUUGAUAUCGAUUGGGCAAUUGUCGGCUUCUCCCGUCGCGAGCUGUUGAAGUGUCAGGCCGAUUCAAGUCAGUCCAUCGCCGCCACAAUCAUCAUAAUCACUAGUAUCAUCUUUGUCGAUGUCGACAUCA